AGCGGCGGGGCCGGGCCCGGCAUGGUGCUCGGGGGCUGGUGGCGGGCGGCGCGGGCCCUGCGGGCGGCGGCGCCCGGUCCCCGCAGCCGCAGCCUGUGCGCCGGCGAGGCGCCCGGCCUCUCCUACCGGGAGCUCAAAGACUUGAAGAAGACCAACGUGCUCCACAUUGACGUGCGGGAGAGGUGGGAGAUCGACAGGUUUGGAAAAAUACCAGAGUCCAUCAACAUCCCGCUGGGCGAAUUAGUGGAAGCUCUACAAAUGGACCCAAUGGAGUUCAAGGAGCAAUACAAUCAAAAGAUGCCAUCCAAGUCAGACCCUCUGGUUUUCUCUUGUUUGGCAGGAACAAGAAGUAAACAAGCACUUGGGUUUGCCAUGUCCUUGGGUUUCAGCAGUAAAGCUUUGGAGUGUUUGCCAGGAGUAAAGCAGUCAAGGCAACAGCUAAAAAUAAGAGAUUAUGAUAGAGUGAAAUCAAAAGCAGCAUUUGGUUGGCAGAAUUGUUACACCUAUGCUGGAAGGUGCCUUGCUGGCUUGAAGACUGCAGCUGCUAUUUCUUGCUUGAUGUUUGAUCUCCAGCAUUGUGUCAUUUGGAAAAAAAGAGGAACAGAACACACUGCAUGGAAGGAGGCAGGAUUAGAGCACAAGGGAUGCCCAUCUGGCUCAUCACAAGUUCAGCAGUAUGCUGGUGGCUUUGAGGACUGGGUAAAACAUGAACCUCCAGAAAAGAAAUGAAGAUGACUGCCUCAGCCCUUACUGCAUCAAAGCUUCAGGAUGGUUUGUAGGUUUUAGCAUUCAAACUGUGUGCAUUCCACUUCCAGAAUAAAGCUCACUCCUGUCUUCUUGUGUAAAUGGACAGUUCACCUUCAAAUGGCCGUACAUAUCAACUGCUUGGUUUAAAUGACAUCUAAAGACGGACACGAACAGAGGGCAUUAAACUUGUUCAACCUUUCAACCUUUACUCUGGCCUGUGUUUCUGGUGAAUGUAUGUGAUGAUGGGAGUUUGUGACUGUUUAAACUAAUGAUGAAUAGGACAAAUAAAAUUAUUUCCCAAA